AGGAGAGUUGAACGUCUUCAUUACCGCCCUCCAAACAGAAGAUGAUGUCGGUCCGCUCCACCCUGCUGCUGCUCUCCUGUGCCGCGAUGCUCAGCGGCUCCUCGGCAGCGCCGAGCGACACCAAGCUGCGGCAACUCCUGCAGAGAUCCCUGCUGGCUCCGAUGCCAGGCCAAGAGGAAACCGUUCGCUACACGCUCGCGCAGCUGUUGUCGGAGCUCGCACAGGCGGAGAACGAAGCGCUCGGGACGGAUGAUCAGGACGAAGAGCGCAUGGAUCUGGAGCGCGCCGCCGGUCCAAUGAUGGCUCCCCGCGAGCGCAAAGCUGGAUGCAAAAACUUCUUCUGGAAAACUUUUACAUCGUGUUGAUUGAUGCCUUUUUUCAUUGUUUCAUGAUUGAUAUGUUAAUUGAAUAUAAUCUCGUCUUUAAAUUGGCAUAUCCUUCAAUUAUCCGUGCCUCCAACUUCCACAUUUUAAUACGAAAAAUUGGAUUCAUCCUUCAUAUCUCACUUUGAAUGAAAUGAUUGUUUUCAAUCACACUUUUUUGCCGCCCAAGAAUUUCUAUUUUUAAUUUUUGGUUUGAAUAAAAUAUGUUUCAG